AUGACCCGCACCGGGGUAACGCCCCGCACAGCACUGAAAGGAUCGAAUGCCUCUACACCUCCUGUUCUCCAAGAUACUUCUACUCCGGAAUGGAUUGUCGCAGAUAUCCCAGAUUUUGUACCGCAAGGAUUCGAUACAGGACAAGUGGACACUUUACAGGGCAACGGCAAUGGAGGAAUACCAGCAGACGCUUUCGAUCCCUACAUCGGACCUUCCACCGCCCAAUUAACAACUCAGAGCGCAGUGGGCCCUCAAGUUACGCCAAACCCAUACGCCCACGAUCCCACUGCUUUAGGCGCAGCAGCGUACUUCGGACCUCAAAACACCUUUCAACAACCGGUUCAAUACCAUCUCUACGCACCCAUCGGGCCACAUAACUCAAAUAUAUUAGGCUACCAAAGGAAUGUCCAUGAUUUGUUCCUCCCAAACGAUUUCCGGGAGGAAUUACAAAAGAAGGCAGCGGCUACACUACAGACUCUUCCCAACCAUUUUCACUCCUUGGUGCCUCUCGAUCUUUCCUACCAGAAAAAUGCGGCGAUUUUUGGCUACCCUAGUUGGGUAUAUAAGGCUCAAUCGAGUAAAGAUGGCAACUUCUACGCUCUCAGGAGACUUGAAGGUUUCCGUUUGACCAGCGAAAAGGCUAUUCGAGCAGUCCAAAAUUGGAAACGUGUAUGCAACGGCAGCAUAGUCACAGUCCAUGACGCUUUUACAACCCGUUGCUUCCAGGACAGCUCCCUAAUAAUUGUCACUGACUACCACCCUCUGUCAAAAACGUUGGCGGAACACCACCUCGGUGGUCCCAGCCGAUAUCAGGCUCGCCAAACCGGAACACAUAUCCCCGAGCAAAUCCUAUGGAGCUAUGUAACUCAAAUUGCAUCUGCCUUGAAGGCAAUUCAUAGCGUAGGGUUGGCAGCACGAGUGAUCGAUCCUAGUAAGAUUUUGCUGACAGGGAAAAAUCGCAUCCGGCUUAAUGCAUGUGCAAUUCUGGACGUUGUACAGCAUGACUCCCAACGGUCGAUCACAGACCUCCAAAGUCAGGACCUAGUAAAUUUUGGCCAACUGAUUAUCACUCUGGGAGCAAACUCACCCUCCGUCAUGCACAAUCCGACAAAAGCCAUGGAACAUUUUACUCGCGCAUACACUCCCCAAUUGAAGAAUUCCAUCUUCUGGCUAUUGAGCGCCUUACAAAAAGAUCAGGAACGCAACAUCGAUCUCUUUGUCACCGGCAUCUCCUCCCAGCUCAUAUCUACUUUUGACUCCGCCCUCCACCUCGAUGACGAACUCACCUCCGACCUCAGCCGGGAGCUCGAAAAUGGGCGCCUCGUUCGCUUGCUUACCAAACUCAAUUUCAUCAAUGAACGUCCCGAAUACGACCACGACCCCCAAUGGGCCGAAAAUGGAGAGCGCUAUGUCCUCAAACUAUUUCGCGACUAUGUGUUUCACCAGAUUGACGCGCAAAAUAUACCGGUUGUCGACCUAGGGCAUGUACUUACCUGCCUGAACAAGUUGGAUGCAGGGACUGAAGAAAAGGUCACGCUGGUUAGUCGAGACGAGCAAAGUUGUUUUAUCGUUAGUUACAAGGAGUUGAAGAAGGCGGUGGAAUCCUCUUUCCAGGCGUUGACGAAACAUCCGAGGAGGGCCUAA